AUCGUGUUAUAGUUUCCGGUGACAUCCUGACAUAAUAUCAAAACAGAUAAAAAUGGUUUGCGUUCCUUGUAUAGUUAUUCCUUUCCUUUUAUGGUUCUUUCACAGAUAUCUAAGACCUUUGAUGGAGAAGUUUUGUCCUUCCAUGCUGAAAUACCUACCAGGGAAUUCGAAAAAUGAAGGAGAGGAAUCAAAAAUGAAGUGUCCGAUGAAGAAGACAGAUGAAACACAAAUUGAUGAGAAUUCUACAUCAAGUAAGAGUGAAGUAACAGCAGGAGAUGGGGGAACAAAGAAGACAAACUGAUAUUAGCUUUACACAUUAUAAAAUUAUCAAUCAGAAUACAUUGUCAGCAAAAGUAGGGUUCUCCUUUAUAUGUAAUAUAUUUUUUUUUUGUAUUUUGACCAAUCAAACUUCAGGGUUGUAAUAUUAGUAAAAUAUGACACAAAUAAACCCAUUGAUAAAAAGAAUAAAGAUGGAAGUGUUUAACAACCUUGACUAGCUAUACAGCCCUUGCAAAAGAUUCAAUAUUUUAUUAAAGUCUCACUACUUGCAAUACAUAAAUAUACAGUACAUACAGAGUAUAUACACAAUAUAAAACAGCCAAUACACAAAUAUAAAAUACAAGUACCAUUCUAUUUAGAAUUAUGAGAGACUGUAAAACAAUUUCUAUAUAAAACUAGUUAAAAUAAAUAAGAUUAUCAUUGCAUGACCGCAAUUAAAAGAAUGAAGAUGGAAGUGUUUAACAACCUUGACUGGCUAUAUAGCCCUUGCAUGACCGUAAUUAAAAGAAUGUUACCUUUUGAUUGUUAAAAAUGUAAAUCUAUUGAUUGCUAAAUUUUAUUUUAAUUUAUUGUGAUUUGUACAUACAGAACAGUUUAUGUUUUUAUGAUAAGAUCAUGUAUGAAGGAACUUGAUAUUUUUUUCAUAGCAAUUAUUUAUAUAUUACACUGAAGGACUUUUUAUGCAGAAAUCCUGUUUUUGUGGUUUAAGGGAAACAUUGUUUUGUUUUUUUAUUGUUUUACUUUUUGUGAUUUUAAAUUUGUAAAAUGUAUGUGAGAUUUCCUGUUGUAUUUAAGUGUGUGUUUCCAAUAUAAGAAGAAAUCAAUGAAAAUAUCUACCCAAUCAUUAAACGGAAAUGCAUAACUGUGUCCUUUUAUAUUUGAUUCCAUAUUGUUAUGUAUAAAUUGUAAUCCUGUGUGAGAAUGAGAAUAUUUUUAUGCAUUAAUUUGAACAGAUAAGUUUAAAUAUGUUUUUAUGUAUAAAGUAAAAUAGAUUUGGCUCAAAUCAUAUAAUUUAGAAUAUCUCUCUCCUUUCAACUAAUAAUUCUCUUAAGGGUAUAAUUUAAUGUGUAUAAUGUAUUACAGACUGGAUCUGGGAAAUGUAGAAAUCUUUUUUGUGAAUACUAUGGAAUUUUUGUUGUUGAAUAAUUUGUUAUAAUAAAUAUUUUCUGUUA